AUGGGAGAAAAAUCUCAAGCUCUUGCUAACAAUGUUUACAAGGUGAAGGUUAGAAACAACUUCAGUCUGUUGGAGGCCACAAACAUCUUGAGCAUUCCCCUCUCUUGGGGACUCCCAGAAGACAAGUUAACUUGGGAGGCUAAGAAGAAUAGUUUAUACUUUGUCAAGUCAGCAUACCACAAACUUAGGACCAAGAGAAGUGAAGAGAGGCUUGGACCUUCACACCAAAUGUUCCAAGGCUUGCAGAGACAUUUCCGGGUUGCUCUAGUGCAUAACAAAAUCAAAAACAUCAUCUGGAGAAUUGAAAAGAAUUUCAUACCUGUCAAAGCCAACUUACUCAAGAAAGGAAACAAAGCUCCCUCUGAAUGCCCUCUUUGUCACAAUUGCCUCAAAACAACUGAGCAUAUGUUCUUUGAAUGUAAUAUCCCAAAAUUGAAAAUAAAAAGGGCAUGGUGCAGCGGCGGAGGCGGAAGAGGAAACGGUUCAUCCUCUACAUUCUGCAGCUGGCAUGGUGUCACUUGCGGCGGAGGCGGAAGAGGAAACGGAAGAGUGGUUUCACUUAAUGUGACCGGUCUACGCGGCGGUGAACUGGCGUCUUCCAUCGGAGAGUUAUCCGAGCUUCGAGUUUUGUCGAUUCCUGAAAACAUCUUCUUUGGCGAAAUUCCGGUGAGUUUGAUGAAUCUCCGGGGACUUGAGGUUCUUGAGCUUCAAGGUUUUGUUAUACCCCUAAGCGACGGUAUUGGUGUUGUUGUUGAUGCUUCUGUGUUUCACGAGUCAUUUCUUGCUAGCGGCAUUGCAAAACUGCUUCUUGGCAACGUUCUCAAGGAAGGAACUCCAAUUUCUGUGAACCCUCUUGUGAUUUGGGCUUGGGCAGGACUCCUUAUCAAUGCCAUCAACAGUAUUCCUGCUGGAGAGCUUGAUGGAGGGAGAAUUUCUUUUGCCUUAUGGGGAAGAAAGCUUACUAUGCAAGGGAAACAACAUAUUGAAUCUUCUAGCAAAGUAAACAAUAUCAAGCAUCGUGACGAAACACCGCCUGAUGUUAGAGUACGGAAACUAAAGGAUCAGCUCAUCCAAGCUAAAGUUUAUCUUUCCCUUCAGGCAGUUAGGAACAUUCCCCAUCUCACUCGGGAACUUCGGCUACGGGUAAAGGAAGUUUCACGAACAAUUGGAGAGGCAAGCAAAGAUUCUGACUUGCCAAGGAAUGCAAAUGAGAGAAUGAAGGCAAUAGAGCAAUCAUUGAUGAAAGCAAGGCAAAUUCAAGAUGAUUGUGCCACAUCCGUGAAGAAGCUUAGGGCUAUGCUCCACUCAUCAGAGGACCAGCUUCGCGUGCACAAGAAACAAACCUUAUUCUUAACACAGUUGACAGCUAAAACACUGCCUAAAGGUCUCCAUUGUCUUCCGUUGCGCCUUACAACUGAAUAUUAUAACUUGAACUCUUCUCAGCAACAAUUCCCCAAUCAAGAGAAGUUAGAAGACCCUGGACUAUACCAUUAUGCAAUAUUCUCAAAUAACAUAUUGGCCACAGCUGUUGUUGUGAAUUCUACUGCUGCCCAUGCUAAGGAUUCCUCCAAACAUGUUUUCCACAUUGUAACUGAUAGGCUCAAUUAUGCGGCAAUGAGGAUGUGGUUUUUGGCCAAUCCACCUGGAAAGGCGGCAGUUCGAGUUACAGUCCAGUUCUUAAGCAGCUAG